AUGAAACGAAAGCUCCCCGAGAUCAUCGAGAAAUCUAGCGAUCAAGAAGAAGACACCAAGAGAGCCCAAAGAUUGGAUGGCGGGAUUUCCCACCCAUCUCAGCCCCCUAGCCCACCAGAAGAUGCCAUGUGUGCUCGGAUUACGGCCAUCUUCCCAGAGAUCAGACUGGAACAUGCUCGUCAGCUGUACAUGCAGUACAAGAAAUCAGGUGCAGCAGUUGGUGUUGAUGUUGGGGAGGCUCUGAUCAACCAAAUCAUCGACUCUGGGCCGUAUCCCAAGGAGGAAAUGGCGAAACAUGUGGACAACGGGGCCAUUGCUGCCCCAUCCGAUAUCAGCCCUAGGAAAGGCUGGGGCAAGAACGAUGGGUCUGUUCGAGAUGAUGCGUAUUAUCAAAACGGCCACCCUGUUUCUUGGGGAUCCUUUCAUUCACAGUCAAUUACAGUUUGCGGUGUUGAGAUAUGUCGCAUUGUGUUCUUGGAAGACUAUCCAGACCUCAUCCUACUGCAGCUGGACUUCCCCAACAUUUUCUUCAGAGUAUAUAUAUGUUAUGUUUUUCAGUCACAGAAGUCAUCCUUCGCUGCACAUACCACCCCGUAUCAAGCUGAACAUUCUUACAGCAUGAUGAACUCUCUCUAUAAACGACACCUCCUGGGCUUGUUAAACCUGAACAGAAAUCAAGAUGCCCAGGGACUGCCAAAGGCAUCUGUGAAGGGAUCAUCUCUAAAGCCAUCUCUGAAGCCAUCUCCAUCAAAGGUCACAAGUGACUUAGAUCAGCCACGUGAGCUAGGUGACGUGAAAGUGGAAAGUAAGAAAAACGAAGCAACGCUACGACGGGAAAAAGAGCUGGAUAGAUUGGAGGCCAGAAAUGGUGAUGCACUAGCCGCUGAAGCCGCCGAUCUCAUGGAAUGCCAGUGUUGUUACGUUGAGAACCCAAUCAACCGAAUGGUAUAUUGCACAGGGGAUAAUAUCCAUUUCUUCUGUGUGCAAUGUACCAGGUCUCUGGCAAAAUCCCAAAUUGGCAUCAUGAAAUACAACGUAAAGUGUAUGGAUAUGAGCGGCUGCGCUGCCAGCCUCAACAAGCAGACAUUACGGAGGGCAUUAGGCCAAAGUCUGAUCGACAAGCUGGAGGAACUUGAACAACUCGACGAAAUUGCAAAAGCAGACAUCGAGGGACUCCAUGACUGCCCCUUCUGUGAUUUCAAGGCCAUAUGCCCGCCGAUUGACGAUUACAGUGAGUUCGCUUGCCAAAACCCGACGUGCAAAAAGGUGAGCUGCCGUUUUUGUGAAAAAGAAUCCCACAUCCCCAUGAGCUGCAAGGAGGCCUGCAACAAGAGAUUGCCUGCGAGGGCAAAGAUUGAGGAGGCUAUGAGCGAUGCGCUUAUCAGGACUUGCCCCAAUCCAAAAUGCCAAGUUAAGAUGGUCAAGGAGAAUGGGUGCAACAAGAUGGUUUGCGUAAAAUGCGGUUGGGUGAUGUGCUAUGCUUGCAAGAAGAAGAUCAACAAGGACGGUUACGGCCAUUUUAACAGACCUCCAAGCCAUUGUCCUAUCCAUGAUUCAGUGAAUACGCACCGCCACUUCGACGAUGUUUCUAGUGCCCACAAGAAAGCGACUGAAGAGAAGCCAUGA